UUGGAACGAAAUUGCCCAACCCUUCAGAUAAUGUAUUACUGGAAGCACAAGUUAUUUAGUUGUUCAUUUUAUAGCACGUUUCGCGACAAGAGUUGUGCGUUUUCAUUUAUUAGUGUUGUUGAGAUGUCAUUUCUCCGUCGAGAGGCCGCUUUCAUUAAACGAACCCAAUUGUUUGAAAUGCGUCAAGUGCUUCCUCUCCGAGACGUAGUUAACGGUCGCCGUGGUAUUAACCAGUCUGAGUGAUAUACGAAAUGACCGAGAUCAGUCACGUGAUCACAGAGCUCCCAUCCCUAAGCCAAGCAGGUGUAUAAGAACUGUUCACACCGACAUAUCACCAGCAGAAAUCUGCGGCAAAACCAACGUGAAAUCAUCAACGAUGCAGGCAUAACAAGCCAGAAAAUUCCCUUACAAUGAAGCCAAGGUUGCUUGGGACGAUUUGGGUGAUAGUGUUGAUUGAGGGAAGUUUCCAAGUUGGAAAUGCUCAAGGUGCUGACUUUGUGCUAACUUCAUCAGAAACCUUGAUCAUCAAUACAACAACCCCUAAAAUGCAAAAGCAAGACCAGUCAGCUUCAUCAGAUAUUGUUGGAAAUACUAUGUCGAGGACAUUUAAAUCAAAAUCUGAAAGCUACGACUACAAAGUUGCUUAUUUUGAGUUCUCUGGCGAUGUAACUUUCGAGAGGGGCUCCACGGUGCGAAUCGUUGGAGAGAAUGCUCUCUCUAUUAAUACCACAAAUGGCAGUAUCACCGUAGAAACGGACAUCACAAUGACUUGUCAGGAAGGCAUGCCAAUUGGAACCGCGCGGUGUCUUGGCGGCUUUAUGGCCCGCAUGGUCUGUGGGGGGAAAGUCACUUGUCCAGGCACUGGUCCAGGCGGAGUAAAUAUUUGUCAAGAUUUAUUAAAUUCACAAGAUUGCGUUUAUGGUGCAAAUCACGCAGGAAACGGCGGGGGGAAGAAUGAAAUGGUGGAUAAGGGAGCGAACUAUAGCUGUGGCGAAGGAGAUCUUAUUGGCGGGAGCUCGGGAGUAUCGAAGUUUAAUGAAAGUCGAGUUCUAACCGUCGGGAUAGCUGGAGGUGGAGCGAUAGAACUUGUAGCAUUGAAAGGGUUGAUUAAAAUUGGUGGCACAAUCACCGCCAAUGCAGCACAAAAUUCCAGUUUAAACGGCACAGGCUUGGUCAGCGGACCAUCUGGGGGGACAAUACGACUCAAGGCUCAGAAGGUACUAAUGGAUCCGAAAGCUUCAUUGCAAGUUGACGGGGCAAGCGGCCAAGUUGGUCCUGUAUGGCAGUCCUCAGGGGGAGGAGGUGGGGGAGAGAUACAAAUACAGGCCGACGAAGGUCAAGUUUACGACUUGAGAUUCGCCCCAGGACAUUCCGUUUGUCGCAAAUUAGCAAAUGUUUUGGCGCAGCCCGGGACCGUCAUCAUUCGCAAUGCUCUAGGAGAAGUUUUUAGAAUUUCUCCAAGCGAUGGAAAAAGUCACGUGCACCACUUCGUGUGGCCUGCUGCAGAGGAACAAACAACAACAACAACAACAACAACAGCAACAGAACCAGCAAUAGCAGCCCCACUGCCACUGCUCAAUAGAACACAGCUGUUAUUGGAAUAUGCAAGGAGAUCGACAGGAACAGUGAACGUGAUCCAAAUUCGAGAUGUUCUUUCUGAGCUCCUUCUUCUCUCUCGGGGCUCAAUUAUGACAAGCGACCAGCUGACGGAAAUCAUAAACGUGCUUAUGACAAUGGAUAAAAUCCUCGCAAUCCUGGCGCAAAAACACCCUGAAGAUGCAAGGGUCAUGGUCCAGCUUGUGCUCGAUGUAGCGUCCUCCCUGACUAAAAGGGAAAAUAUGGAGAUCUGGCGGGAGACGAGCAAGUUGCCGUCCUUACUCUCUGUCGUUGAGUCAAUCACAGCUCACGCGACUGUCAACGCAACGUCAUUACACUACGCCACAGAUAACAUAGCAUUUCAGAUAAGAUCCUUUGCCGCCGGAAGUGACGUCACGGGUACGUUUCCCGAUUAUGGAUACUUCCCUGGAGGCUUUGUAACGGGAUUUAAUUACAUAGUCAUCCCAGAAGGAGCCCUCCCAAACGAUACAGCAUACAAGGUUAUCAUUUUAGUAUUCAAAUCGGUUCAAGAUGGCAUGUCAACGUAUCAUCAAGGGUACGUCAUUCGUACGGCGGUCCUGUCUUGUACUGUGCUCCUGGGUAACGGCUCUGCCUUCACAAGGCUUCAUAAGCCUGCGGAAGUACACUUCUCUAACCAGAAAAUCAAAGGAAAGACGUUAAACAGUACGAUCUGCUCGUAUUGGGACGAAAACCAAGGACGUUGGGAAAGCGAUGGAGUCGUCACCAACAGCAGUAGCGAUAAUCACGUGGAGUGCCUCACCCACCAUCUAACUAGCUUCGCGGUUCUCAUGCAACACACAGACAUACCUCUGACAGAACCAGAGAAGCUCUCACUACAGAUUAUCACGUACAUCGGCUGCGGUAUAUCAUCCGUGGCCUUGCUUAUCACACUCGUUAUCUUCCUCAGCAUCGAAUCCCUCUCGACCGAGCGUCAUCGAAUACACCUGAACCUCGUUCUGGCGCUGUUUCUGGCACAGAUCCUCUUCCUGUCUGGAAUCAAUGCUACUGGUAACAAGAUUGGUUGUCAAGUGGUAGCCGCGUUUCUCCACUAUUUCUAUACGGUGGCUUUCACGUGGAUGCUGAAUGAAGGAGUACAUCUCUACCUCAAAGUUGUCAAGGUCUUCAGAAUCGAGAACGUACGACUGCUGCACUAUUAUAUCUUCGGAUGGGGUUUCCCAGCAGUCAUUGUAGGAAUAUCUGCUGCUAUUAAACCCAACAGCUAUGGAACUGAAAGCAUCUGUUGGUUAUCGCUGAGCGAUGAUUUUGUCUGGGCCUUCAUCGGGCCCGUGACUUUUAUAAUUGCCAUAAACUGCCUUAUUCUAAUCGUAGUCGUAAAGACUAUCGUGAACUCUGCAUCAACCGUCAAGAACUCUGAUCAUGCACACAUCAGGGCUGGUGUCAAGGGCGCGCUAGUGCUCAUGCCUUUACUGGGAGUCAGCUGGAUAUCAGGAUUGCUGGCAGUCAAUAAAGACACAGUCUUUUUCCAGUACGUCUUUGCCAUUACAAACUCUUUUCAGGGAUUCCUGAUUUUCCUUCUGCAUGUUGUGUUCAAUACUGAGGUUCGAACAGCAUUUCAGCGCCAUCGGAAAAAGCAACAACUUUCGAAAGAAUCGGAUUACAACGCGUCCUACAGCUCAACGCACGAGCCUCAGACAUCUCGUAAGCGCAAGAGCGACAAGUCCCCCACCGCCAGUAACACGUCUGGGGCCUGGAAACUAAAGGCUCGUCUCUCCAUGAGCCUGAUGCCGAGAACGUCACGUGUCAUCUCCGUCAAGCCAAUGAACAGCAGCAAGAGCGAUGAAGACGCUGUUCACGUGAACAGAGCGUUUGUUGGAGGAAGCCCCACUACACUCGAGACUCCAGAGAGAGACGACGAGCUCUCUUCACUUAACUGUCCAGCGACUCCUGCUCGGCAAACAAGGCUGUAGCCUGGAACGAGAGCUAACGAGAAAGAGUCCUGCGAAGUUAAUGAAUAUCAACUUCCUCCAGAUGAUGAUGAUGCGUCUUCAGCAGAAAGGCCAAUGACAUUGCAUUUGCUGCCGCAGCCACUAUUUUAGUAGAAGUUAUCACCAAUCCCAAAUAAGGUUGUUCUAAAAAAUCAAUCUAUGUAUCGUAACCAACAUUGGUUCAUGGGUAGCGUAUAACACACUAAUCCUAGUCUUUGAAAGCCAAACGAAUGUUAAAUAGAGGACAAAGAAGAAUGAUAGAGCUUUCCACACUUGGAUUGUUUUAUUUACCCUUAUUUUCUUAUGUAUCCCAUGAAGCACUAUGGUUUGAGACACAUGGACUCUCCAAAUGAAACACUUAUUGAAAUAGGCGUAAAAUCGCAUUGUUAAGAUGUCCCCUGAUAGCGAAUAGACGUGAUCAAUUGUAGCAGCCAGCUAUAUAUCUUAAUAAAUUCGACGUGUGUUCUAAUAUAAGCUCGAACAGUAACUUAGUGGGGUAUGUAAAGAGCGAGAAUAGGAGGAUGUUUUUGCGGCGCUAUGGUGUUCGGUGGACAUCAGUGUCGCGCAACUCGGAUAUAUACCGCCACAUGUCUCUAUUCCAAAAAACGUUGUCAGUGCAAACAGCGGCAAAAGUGGCGAUUCGUAAAUGGCAAUUCACAACAAGGGUACCACGUUUCAUUAUAUUUUAACCGAAUGUAGAAGAACAUCGAAUCAAUCAUACAAAAAUCAAUUAAAAGCUACCGAUAAAGCUCAGGCAAAUCAGGAAAUCAUUUAUAUCCACCCUUUGGUCUUGGAACUGCUAAUCGCCAUUUGCCGUUUGCACUGACAACGUUUUUUUAUUAGAUUUAUAAGCCGCAUAUCACGAGCCAGGCCCGUAGGAGGAACCAAAAUUUUACCGAGGCAAAGCUAGCUGCUGGUUAAUAAAUCCAAAAAUUGCAGGUGUUUUAUCUCAUACUUUAAAAUUGUGAAACACUAAACAUCAAAAUUUUACCGAGGCGAAGCUAGCCGCUGGUUGAUAAAUCCAAAAAUUGCAGGUGUUUUAUCUCAUACUUUAAAAUUGUGAAACACUAAACAUCAAAAUUUUACCGAGGCAAAGCUAGCCGCUGGUUGAUAAAUCCAAAAAUUGCAGGUGUUUUAUCUCAUACUUUAAAAUUGUGAAACACUAAACAUCAAAAUUUUACCGAGGCGAGUGUCUCACUUGCCUCAUGCUGGUUACGGCCGAGCUAGUCACAUCUUUUACAUAUAUAUUAGUACAUGACGUCAUCUCAUUAUGUAACCCACGCCACGUAUAAAUAGACAGUGUCAUCAAACACUGACGAACACAUCGAACGCUGACACACAAAGACGAACAAACCAACUUCAUUGUGUUAUUUCUCUCUUCAUCUUGGUUCGUCAAAAAAUUUUAAAGUAACCGUUGUCGUUUUAGGGGUCUCGUACCGAGGAAUUUUAGCUUCUUUUCAGAGGCUUUCUCUAUUGACUAAAGUAGGUCAUAGUCACUGUUUUUCUCUUCUCUUAAUACAAUUCACAAAGUUUGUGAAGCACCUACGGUACGGCAGCCCUAAAAGUGACAAGAAUCGUGCAGGUUUUCCAAAUAAGGAAUAUUUUAGUUUCCUUAUAUGGAAGUGACCGCGUCUGCGAAAAUCGACAAUUUUUGGCUUAAUUUUCUUGAUAUGAUUCUUGAUAUGAUCCCCCUGACGCCCCUGGUAUAUUAAAGCCUUGAUUUGUAGGGAAAUAGAUGCUCCCGCCCGGUCGACUAGGUUCUUGAAAAUGAUUAAGGCAAAUAUAAUAAAACAGCUGUUAUUGCG